AUGGAUUCACAUUUCAGUCCAAGUCCUUCUGAGGCACAUCCUGAGACAAUGGAUUUUCUUUCCCUUGCAUGGUGCAACUUUGCAGUUCAAGCUUUCCAAACGGAGCAACAAGACCAAUCUGUGGUUCUGCUAGACGAUCCGAUUGUGAAGUUUGAGAGUCACAAGGAGGCUCCUUACAUGAUGGAUGAUGCAGAUCUCAAGCCUCCACCACCUUGGAAAUCCAAUGAUGUGAAGAUGUCUUGGAAGAUAGUCCCAUUUAAGAAUAUGUCAAUCAAGAAAUGGCUAAAAGAUAUUAAGGAAAGGCGAAAAGAGGAACACAGGUUGCAAAGAGCUGAAGUCCAUGCAGCAAUAUCUAUGGCAGGUGUUGCAGCUGCUCUUGCAGCCAUUGCAGCUGAAGGCUCAGACAACAAUGGCUCAAGCACUGCCAAGGAAGCCGCAGUGGCUUCUGCAGCCGCGCUAGUGGCGGCGCAGUGUGCGAAAGUUGCAGAAGCAAUGGGGGCAAAGAAGGAGCAGCUCAGCAGUGUGAUAGGUUCAGCCAUGACUAGUACAAGUGCAAGUGACAUCUUAACUCUAACAGCUGCAGCUACGACAUCAUUGAAGGGAGCAGCUACAUUAAAAGAAAGAUCAGGAUGCAAGAACAGACUAAAUGGGGUUGCACCAGUGAUGCCCAUCGAGGACAACCCGGAGGUUGACUUCGACUUUGAGAAGUAUAGAUCAAUGCUUGCAAUAGGUGCCCAGCUCAGCAUUGAAACACCAGAUGGGAAGUACAUGGUUAGAUCAGUGUCUGUCAUCCUGAACAGUGAAGCCAAGGUUGUUCUUAAAAUGAGGAAGCUCAGUCUGUUGAAAAGCAAAAAGGAAAGCAUCAUACUGGACAUGUAUGCGGAGCUGUAUAAAGAUUCCGAGGCAGCAGAUGAGAAUGGCACGGGUUAUCUUAUCGUGUUAACGACGAGUAGGGGUACAUUCAAGCUAGACAUGGAAGACGACUAUCAACGUUACAAGACAUGGGCCACAACCAUUAACCAUAUGCUCAUGGUUUCUACUUCAUUUACGAAAUAUCAUCUUCAAUUCUACAAAAAGUAG